AUGGAUAACUUUUUGUGCAACCAAUAUGAAGAGAAGAUACGGCCUUGUAUUGACCUCAUUGACUCGCUGAGAGCUCUUGGGGUGGAGAAGGACCUGGGUUUACCAGCGAUCGCUGUUAUUGGGGACCAGAGCUCCGGGAAAAGCUCAGUUCUUGAAGCUCUGUCCGGAGUCACUCUGCCAAGAGGCAGCGGUAUUGUUACUCGUUGCCCCCUGGAACUGAGGUUAAAGAAAUCAGGAGAAGGCUCAGACUGGAGUGGUACAAUUCGUUAUGGGGAUCAUGAGAAACCUCUUUCAAGUUCAACAGAAGUGGAAGAUGAAGUCAAAAAAGCCCAGGACUGCAUGGCGGGUGCUGGUAAUGGCGUCAGUGAUGACCUAAUAAGACUGGAAGUUGUCUCUCCGAAUGUUCCCGAUUUAACACUGAUCGAUCUCCCUGGCAUCGCAAGGAUCGCCUUGCCUAAUCAGCCUAAAGAUAUUGGAAAACAGAUCAAGAAUAUGAUCACCAAGUACAUCAAAAGACAGCAGACAAUAGCUUUGGUCGUGGUCCCCUGUAAUGUUGAUAUCGCAACAAAUGAAGCUCUUGAGAUGGCUCGAGAAGUGGAUCCCAGUGGUGAGAGAACAUUAGGAAUAUUAACAAAGCCUGACUUGGUUGACAAAGGCACAGAACAGGACGUAGUCAAUGUAGUGCUAAACCAAACGUAUGUCCUGAAAAAGGGUUACAUGAUUGUCAAAUGUCGCGGACAGCAGGAAAUACAAGACAAACUCACUCUCCAGGAGGCUUUGAAAAUGGAGACGUCUUUCUUUGAGGAACAUGAAUAUUUUAGAUGUCUUUUGAGUGAAGGAUAUGCCACUAUCCCUCUCCUGGCUGAAAAACUUACUACUGAACUAGUGGAACAUAUACAUGUAAAUCUUCCCAAUUUAGAAAAUCAAAUCAGAGCUAAACUUGAUGAGGCAGAAGAAAAAUUGAAAAGGCUUGGGACUGCUACCCCUGACACAGAUUUAGAAAAACGCUCUUUUCUCAUAGAGAAAAUUAAUCUUUUUACAAGUGAAAUCAAGAAUGCAACAAAAGGAGAAGAAGAGACCAUAAAUGGCUGUUUAAAACUUUUCACUAACAUUCGAAGGCACUUCAGUUAUUGGGAAGCUACUCUACAAAAAUCUUGUGCAAAAUUUCCACGUUCAUUAAGAGAUGAUAUGGAUACUUAUGAGUCUCAACAUCGUGGCCGAGAACUUAUUGGAUUUGUAAACUUUAAAACAUUUGAGGACAUUGUACGGAAACACAUCAAGACCUUUGAAGAACCAGCUAUCCAGAAGCUGAAGGAAAUCACUAGGAUUGUGCUGUCUGCUUUCAGUGACAUAGCUUCAAAACAGUUUGUACCAUUCCCAAAUCUUCUCAGAGCGGCCAAGGUCAGAAUGGAAGAUAUCUGCAAGGUCCAGCAACAGGAAGCUGAAAACACAAUCAGAACAUAUUUCAAAAUGGAAAAUAUCAUAUUCUGCCAAGAUACCAUAUAUGGUGUAAGUCUAAAGGAGGCACGAGAUAAGGCUCCCCAACCUGGAAUAUUCGUGGUUCCAAAAACUCAACUGCAACUGACAGUCGACGAAAUGGCCAACCACACUGAAGCCUAUUUCACGAGUGCAACUAACAGGCUAUCCAAUCAAGUUCCUCUAAUCAUCCAGUACUUUGUUCUUCACGAGUUUGCAAAUAAAUUGCAAAUACAGAUGUUGUAUUUGACACAGGAUUUUGAAAAAUUAAAUGUCCUGCUUCAGGAAAAGCAAGACUUGUCUAGGAUCAGGAAACAACUGCAAGACAAAAUCAAACGUCUUAAUGCCGCACGUCAACGUCUGGCCAGAUUCCCAGAUGUUGAUUAUUUAGGAGACACUUCACGGAAGCUUGAAACCCAGACAAAUGAGAAGCUGCCCAAGAAAAGAGCCAUACAAGAAAACGGGAAAGUGGGAACCAGUACAAAAAGGAAGUCUUUUCAAAAUUGGACAAAUUAAUAUUUCAUCUUUUUAAUCCUUUGCCUCCUCUACAUGAGGGAUUUUAAAUUGUGCACUCCUCUAGAUUUUAUUGGACCUGCAAUCGCAUAAUUCCAUAAUGCUGCUGUUCUAGUCUAUUCUAUGAAAAGUAAAGAUGUAGUAAAUAAAGACUAAUAUAUUAUUAUUUAGUGUAAAUGUAAAACUGUUCUUCCAGAUGCAAAUGAAGCUAGCCCUUACUAUAGCAAUUACAGAGCAAUACAAUGUGCAGAGAACACACAUACUGGUCUGCCCCCUUUCUUCUUGACUCUCCAAAAUCCUUAUCACGGUAAGGCCAAAGGUGAAUUUUGAAAUUAGAAUUGCUUUCACGUAAUGGCAAAUACCACCACCGUCACAAAGCAUUUUAUUGAUUCUAUAAUCAGUAUGGCAUCCUUGGUUUAUGGACCUGACUUAUUUCUUUGCACAUUGAAUGAAACCCGUAAAAAGCUAGUGAUAUCCGAUACUUUCCUAUGAGGACAUUUGAUGCACAAGUGGCUCUCAGUGACUCCUCUAUGAGAAGCAUUGGAUAGAACAUUUUUGGAGAAGGCCAUGCCUCCUCAAUGAUUUCAAAGGCGGUGGAGAAUUAAGUAGUACAGCUUCAGUGAUGGAAAAAAGUGAGUCAAGUAGCUUUUUUAACCUUUUUUUUAUGCCAAAUGGAGUAAGGACCUAAAAUAUUAGGGACAUGAACACUACAAUUUUAGGAAUGCAGAUAAGUAUUCCUAAUGCUUUAGUGUUCCUUUAAACUCAUGAUAACUUUAGUGUCCAAUAAAUGUGACUAUCUGGUCUAAGGUUACAUCCAUAUGUUUGCACUAUUUAUCGAAAGUACAAAUUACAUGCAUAAAGUGUAAUAAGACACAUACUUCUCAAAGGAUGUCUCUCACUGAAACAGUUUGUGAGGAAGCCCCACUCCUUGAAUCUAGGUUGUGACACAAUCACAGGCUCAGAAAAUCCAACAAAGCAACACUCGCUGACGAAACACAAAAUACUUUAUUGUUGCACAUAAAAAUAAACAGAUUUUGGACAGCCAGCAUUAAAACCGUGUGCAUUAUAUAUAUAUAUAUAACCUCCAUUGUUCUAAGGAACAAUGACAUUUGUUUUGUAUUCCUCCAGUAAGCACUGUUUUGUUUGUAUACUUGUUGUGCCUUGCUCUUAAUUACUAAUCUCUCAUCUUACAUUCAAAUGUACAAACUCACAUAUACAACCCUGCAAAUGGUAGAUCCCCAGCUGGCAUAGCAUUGUGGGGGUUGCACAAUAGAGGAGGAUCUACCUAUUGGCCACCCUUGAGCUAGAAGAGGAUUAAAUUACAAUCUCUCUGAAAGCAACAGGAAAAAUACGACAAUAUUCAUCACAUAUGCCUUGCCACUCCUUCAUAUAUUUAAUUGCUUUGCAGUUCUAUUGUGUACAUAUCCACAGCCUCAAGUACAGCUUCUAUGACAAAAAUAAUAUAAUGGAAACUAGAAAAGACGUAAAAGUAUUUUAGAAAAUAAAUAAACCAUGUUGCAUCUUCAUACAUUCACUUUCCCAGACUUUGUGUAUGUAUUACAAAAUUAAGCAUCAGUCAUGUGAAUUGUGUUAAAUCAGCUUGUUUUCCUUCUUUCAAUAAAUGGUGUGUAUGUUA